UAAUUUCUAUAUGCAAAUUCAGAAGUUGAAGGAUUUGUACGAACAUGUGUGUUUAUUUGAUAUUAAAAAAAAUGUUAAGAUAUGCGCAUAAUGAGAUUUGCAAAAUUUAAAUAUGGCGCAUCUGCCUCUUGCGCCGUCGUGACGCUCGAGAGUUCUUUUUUGAAUUUUCCUUACGAAAAGACACAUGACGUUAAAUGUCAUCGAACACGUUGCGAUUUGGUUUGCUUCACGAAAGGGGAGGUGUGUGCUAAUUAUUCUAAUUUGCUUGCCCGGUGCGGACAAAAGUAACUUCGAGAGUAUCUAUCGAGUUCGCUCUCUUACAAGUUUCAUUCGUCCGAAUCGAAUUAUUCGCAAACUUUCAAUAUGUCAACACCGAAAAAAUGUCAGGCGACUUUUUCACGAUAAUUUGACGUCAAAUUGCUCCAAAUAUGGUUCGAACAAUUGUGAUAUACGUUGUAAGACAAUAAAACAAGCGGUAAAUGUGGGAAUUGGAUGCUCGUUAUUUUGUAAGCGAUUGAGUUUGUCGGAGUUAAAAUGUCCAGUUCUGAGGCUGGCGUGGGGUGCAUUAGCGAAGUAACACUUGCAAUUAGUAAAGCGAGAAGUUCUCAAGCAGGUACUGUGAGAGUUCUCGAUAGUCCUGACUCCGAUGGAUCCGGCCAAUCGAAUUCAUUCACUGUGCAACGAUACGACUAUACCAAUGAGAACAAUCCCAACACAAAUGUUCUUCAUCAAUCACCCCUCACUAGCGAUGACCUGAGAAUACCUAUUGUCGGUUAUGAGAUCAUGGAGGAGAGAGCCAGAUUUACAGUAUACAAACUCCGAGUUGAAUUGAAAACAGGUGAUUGCUGGUUUGUAUUUAGAAGAUACACAGACUUCGUUAGAUUGCUGGCUCAAUUGAAGAGACAGAAAGUUCCUAUUGCUCACUUGUCAUUACCAAGAAAAAAGUGGCUCGGUGAUAAUUUCGCUCCCAGCUUCCUGGAAGAGAGAAUACACGGGCUUCAAGCGUUUGUCAAUGGCAUAUUGAGCAGUCCGAUUCUGAUAGGCGUUUCGUGCGUGAGAGAAUUCUUCUGUUUGGAUGAACCUCCUGUGUUGUCCGAUACGGCAGAAGAAUCUAGAGCAAUAUUCGAAGCACUGGAGGAUACAAUUUACACUUUGAGGCAACAAUUGAGAGAAUGUGAAGCGGCGCUUACAUCUGAAAAAGCACGAUAUAAUGAAUUACGAAAGAAGUUCCAUCAGAUAUUAAGUGAGAGACAAACCUGUUCGAAAUGUGGUGCAACCCAGUAGCAAUGUUGUAGAUUGGAUCGUGUGAUGUUCUAGAUCUAAUAAUGUUAAGUUUUAUAGAAAUUGAAAAGAGCAAUGCUGUUAUACAAGAACAUAGAAUACUACGAAGAAGAUAUUUUUUACAGACUUGUUGCACAAGAUAUUAAAAAGUAUUUUAUAUGUAGGAUAUUUUAUUGUAAUUGUUAUAUCGGUAGCAAUGUUAUCAGUAUUGCAGAAAGUUUUAUUUAUGUUUGAUUGCUUUUUUGUCAAAUGUAUCACGAGUAUUUUUACCUAUAGAUCUACAUUAUCUCUCUCACAUAUAUACAAAAAGUUUGUAUUUUAUAUACAACUCGUCUUUUAUAUGUAUUUACAAUUUUAUUCUAUGAAGAAGUGCUCUUAUAUUAUCAUAAUAUUAACGUCCAAUUACACAAAUCGAUUAUCUUAAAUCGAUUAUCUAAGUGUGAUAAUCUUUUUGAAAGUUUUACUAUUAAAUAUCAUACGUUCCAAAGGAUUGAAAAAGUAGUUUUUUACAUAAUUACAGCAAUUUCAAAUUUUGUCCAAUAGCACAAAGGAAAACUACGGGAGAAUGAAAUAUUGGGUAUAAAAGUAAUAUUUUUUAAAUAAGUUUUUAUCUCAUCAAAUCUCAUUUUAGAGAAAUUUCAUUGUAUCUUAUUUAUUUGAAAAAAAAUUAUCGUUAAUUGUGUCAAAAUAUAAGUAAUACAGGAUGUUCAUUAAAAAAAAGAACUUUCGAUAUUCAAAGAAUUGUUGAUAAAAUUUUCUUCUCGAGAUAAUUUUACUCUUUGAUAUAUUUCACAAUUAGAAAAUCUUAUUUAUCAAGAUUGAGUUAACAUUCUGUAAUAAUAAUUGAUUUGCUUAUAUUUCUUAGCGUGUUAUAAAAACCUGAAAAGAAGAUUGUCUUUUAAUAAUGUCGAUUUAAAUGUUUUUAUUUAUAUUAUUUUCUAUCUAUAUAUAGCAUAUACAAUGUUGUUGUUAGAUAUAAUAAACGUGCGACAUACACAUGUAUUAAAAAAAUAAUAUAUUACAAAUUACGUGUAACGUGUUAUUUUAUCGUCUGACACGCUUAUUAUAUCUAAGAAAAUGUUUGAAAAGUGAUAUUUAUUGGCACAAUAUAUAGCACAAAAAUAUACAAAACGUUUAUCUUCUAUUUAUACACAUUUUUCACAACUACCUAUUUAUAUAACAUAUACAA